CGCAGCUUGCCGCUCUCCGACUGGCCAGGGAAAAAGGGGGAAAGGAUCCUCCUCCUUUAUUUUCUUUCUACGUUUUUUUUCCUCUCUAUCGGUUUCCCGAUUUUUACAUCCCUUCAGUAGAACUAUGGCUGGUUGCACCGUGCCAGCCUGCCCCCGGCCCACCAGAUGGGACUCCUCUUAAAAGAAGAAGAGGGGGAAAUAAAAAGCAGGAGGACAGAGGAUCUUAAAAGGCGUAAAUCUCCAGUCAUCUGUUCCUGAGCCAGACAACAAGGCAUUAGCAGCUUCCCUUUAUUGCAGCCCCUAUCAGUCUGAGACUCGCUCGGGGAGCUGCAGCUCUCUCCUGCUGACCCGCCUUGUCUUAGAGCUGGAGGCUGUGAUUUUUUUUUUCUUUUUUAUAUUCUUCUGACAUUUUCUUUUUCCCGCAUUUACCGGUCAGCCUGUAUGUGUUCGGUGUAUUGACUGCUUUUUGCAGCUCUCACCCCUUUCCUUUCUACAGCCCCUCUGCUUGUUUGUAUCCAUCACCCCUCUCCAUCCACCAGGGCAAUUUCCCUUUACUUAAGAUCCGGGAAGAUCCGUAGAACAGUGACUGCCCAGCAACCACCUCCACACCAUGGGAUGCUGUGGGAGCACACAGAGCUCUAAGAGAGACUGGAGGCCACUGGAAGAACACAGCUGCACUGAUAUCCCCUGGUUGCUGCUGUUCAUUCUUUUCUGUGUUGGGAUGGGGUUUAUAUGUGGGUUCUCAAUCGCAACUGGAGCGGCCUCGAGGCUAGUGUAUGGCUAUGACAACUAUGGAAACAUAUGCGGGCAGAAGAAUGCCAAGGUGGAAGGGGUUUUAAACAGCGGCAUGGACCACACAAAUCGCAAGUAUGUGUUUUUCUUGGAUCCCUGCAAACUGGAUUUGGUAAACCGAAAGAUCAAGUCUAUAGCUCUGUGUGUCUCCGAGUGCCCGCGUGAAGAGCUCAAAACCCUGAGCGAUGUAAAGAAAUUUGCAGAGACCAACGGGUCAGCGUUGUGUGAUUAUGCACUUAGCCCCUCUCAGUACACGUCAGAUGAGAGAGCGCAAUCCUUGUGUCCCAAGCUUCCAGUGCCUCCAAGUGCACCUAUUCCAUUCUUCCAUCGCUGUGCUCCUGUGAACAUUUCCUGCUAUGCCAAGUUUGCAGAAGCCCUGAUCACUUUUGUCAGUGACAAUAGUGUCCUACACAGGCUGAUUAGUGGAGUAAUGACCAGCAAAGAAAUUAUAAUGGGACUUUGCUUGUUAUCACUAGUGUUAUCCAUGAUCCUGAUGGUCAUAAUCAGAUACAUCUCCAGAAUACUUGUGUGGAUCUUAACUAUACUGGUUAUAUUGGGGUCACUUGGAGGCACAGGUGUCCUCUGGUGGAUGUAUGCAACUCAGAGGAAGUUCAUGGAUGAAAAUCUUCCACCAGAUCAGCUCCAGGUUUCCAAAGACAAUCUCCAGGCCUUGCUUGUAUAUGCCAUUGCGGCCACUGUUUUCACAGUUAUCCUGCUGCUCAUUAUACUGGUUUUGCGUAAGCGGGUGGCCCUCACUAUUGCCUUGUUUCACGUUGCUGGGAAGGUUUUCAUUCAUCUCCCACUGCUCGUCUUCCAACCUGUUUGGACUUUUGUGGCCCUGCUCUUGUUCUGGAUCUACUGGAUCAUGGUUCUUCUCUUCUUGGGAACUGCAGGUGAUCCUUCCACCAAUGAGCAAGGGUUUGUUGAGUUCAAGAUCAGUGGCCCUCUGCAGUAUAUGUGGUGGUAUCAUUUAGUGGGACUAAUCUGGAUCAGUGAGUUUAUUCUAGCCUGCCAGCAGAUGACCAUUGCAGGAGCUGUUGUAACCUAUUAUUUCACAAGGAACAAGAGAGAUCUACCUUUCACUCCUAUUCUGGCCUCUAUAAAUCGACUUAUUCGUUACCAUCUUGGGACAGUUGCCAAAGGGGCCUUCAUUAUCACGUUAGUGAAGAUUCCACGUAUGAUCUUAAUGUAUAUCCACAGCCAGCUUAAGGGAAAGGAAAAUGCCUGUGCACGCUGUUUGUUAAAGUCUUGCAUCUGCUGCCUAUGGUGUCUGGAAAAGUGCCUCGUGUUCUUAAAUCAGAAUGCAUACACAGCCACCGCGAUCAAUAGCACAAACUUCUGCACGUCUGCAAAAGAUGCUCUUGUUAUUCUAGUGGAAAAUGCCCUAAGAGUAGCCACCAUCAACACAGUGGGUGAUUUUGUGCUCUUCCUUGGCAAGAUCUUGAUUAUGUGCAGUACAGGCCUAGCAGGAAUUAUGCUCCUCAACUACCAACGGGACUAUACAGUGUGGGUACUUCCACUCAUCAUUGUCUGCUUAUUUGCCUUCCUGGUGGCUCACUGCUUCCUAUCCAUCUAUGAAAUGGUGGUGGAUGUCCUCUUCCUGUGUUUUGCCAUUGACACAAAAUAUAAUGAUGGGAGCCCAGGCAAAGAAUUUUACAUGGACAAAGUUCUCAUGGAGUUUGUGGAAAACAGCAGAAGAGCCAUGAAAGAGACUGCCAGUGGUGCAGAGGGCAGAGAGCUAAAACCGAUGGCUUCUGGAACAAGUUCAGCUUGAAUCUAGCCCAGCAAUAUUGGAACCCAUUGACAUUCCAAAAUAAACACAAGCAGCCAAAACAAAAGCAGGGUUUUAAAACCUCCUGUUUAUAUAUACAUAUAUAUUUUUUUGCUCUGUCUCAUAUGGGUUGCUGCAAGCAGCAUUGUUACAUUUAUUUCUUUGUACUAGAUGUGCAGAGCGUACAAAGGUCGAGGUAUGUGUCUGGGGGGAAAACGAACAAAGGUUUUUUUUUUCUUCUUUCUUGCAAUCAAAUUUGUGUUGACAUAUAAAAGUUAGGGAGUGCAUAGCAGCC